AUGCCCCUCCCAGCGAACUGGCCAUCCCACGUCCCAUACCUAACAGUCCCAGCGUACUCACCGCAUCUCGGCCAGGCCCACUUCCAGGCCCUCCGUACCCGGCCCGCGGAUCCUUCCGACCCGAUCCCGGAGAUCCCCCGCGAUCUCAGACCUGGCCCAUGUCCUGCCGUCCGCAUCACCCCGAUCACCGACCCGAACCACCCCGCUCACGGCCAAGCAGGCCUCUUCGCAACCCGCGACUUGGCUCCGGGCGAACUGAUCCUGCCCUACCUGGGCGAAAUCCACAUCGGCACUGCCCCGUUCGGCGAUAAGACUGAAGGCUACGACUAUGCCAAAUCCGAUUACGACCUCUGGCUGGACCGCGAUGCGGACCUUGCCGUGGACGCGGCACGCAUCGGGAAUGAGGCGAGAUUUGUGAAUGACUAUCGCGGGGUGCCCGGGCGAGAUGGGAAGAAGGCGAAUGCUGAGUUCCGGGUUGUGUGGGAUCCCAGGACGGGAGAGAAGUGCAUGGCUGUAUUUGUGUUGCCUGCUGGAAAGAGGGCUGUCGGCAGGGCCAGAGUGGUUGGGAUUGCGAGGGGCGAGGAGGUGCUGGUCAGUUAUGGGAGGGGGUUCUGGCAGGGAAGGAGGGAGGCUGAGGAACAGGACGCCGAUGAGAAAGGGAACACGUGA